UGUCUUGUGAUUUUCUAAAGAGCAAUCGACUUUUCGUACAGGAGGAAGCUAGAUGCAUUGAAAUAAAAUAAAAUAAAUAUAAAGGGGGAGAGAUCGGGAAUUGAAGAAGAAAGGAAUAAAAGUGUUUUGCAAAACAGUUUUCUCCGACAAUUGCUCUGCUUUGUCUGAUGAAUACAGACCACAACUCUUUCGACAUGAACAGUCUUCUCUUUUCCACCAUUCGUAACACUCACAAACAACGUGCGAACCAGAAACACUCUCAACUUGUCUUUCUUUUAUUCCUCUCUUAAUUCUCUUCUUCUUCUUCGUCAUGAUCAUGAUCGUGAUCGUUUUGUCCUUACCAGAUAACGAAAACCCCUAUGAUUUAAUCGAAAACUACACAAGAUUUUGCAGAUCCAUGUCAAAAGUUUCCAUCUUUAUCGAGUUUUAGAUUCAACAGCUAACCUACGUGCCACACAAGCAAAGCUGGGGAUGGUGGAGGUUCCUGGCUCUGUAGGCACAACUGCAAGCCUUUCCUUAAGGUUAGGGCAGAUGGUAUUAGCAUUUGGCUCUCUUCUCUUCAUGACCAUCGGUGUUCGCUUCUACCAAUUCACUGCUUUCUGCUACUUGGUGACGAUCAUGUCUUUAGCUAUACCAUGGAAUCUGACGUUAGCAAUGGUAGAUAUCUAUUGUGUUAUUCUCCAGCAACCAUUUCAAAAGCCACGGAUCCUUCUCGCUAUCUCUAUUGGUGAUUGGGUGGUGUCUGUUCUAGCGUUGGCUUCAGCGUCAUCGGCAGCUAGUGUUGUUGAUAUUCUGCGAUCAAACGAAUCCUCCUGCCCUCCAACAAUAUGCAACAGAUAUCAGUUUGCAGCAACAUUAGCUUUCUUGACUUGGUUCUUGUCUCUCUCUUCUUCUCUCUUCAAUCUCUGGUUACUUCCUUCUCUGAUCUAAAACAAAACAUAAAUAGAUAGGUAGCAAACAAAAAAUUAUCUCCAAAAACUCAAAACCUUGUAACU